AUGUUUCCUGACUCGGACAUUGCCAGAAAUUUCCAAUGCGGGAAGGAUAAAAUCGCCUAUAUCAUCAAAUGGGGAAUCGCGGAGUUCGUCAAAAAAGAGCUCAUCUCAAAGGUGACCGGCCCUUUCAUUUUAAUGUUCGACGAAAGUCUGAACCGCGCAUCAAAAAAAAAACAACUGGACCUUCACGUGAGGUACUGGGAUGGCGGCCAGGUACAGUCCCGUUACCUAGGCUCUCAGUUCCUGGGCCAUGCUACAGCAAACGACUUGCUGAAGGAGGUCAAAGAAUGUGCAGGCAACCUGGACCUCAGCAAGUUGCUGUCAUUUUCUAUGGAUGGGCCAAAUGUCAACCUCAAAUUCUUUGACCUGUUCCAGGCAGAAUAUGCUGACCUCUAUGGGGGGUCUCGAUUGAUAUCCGUAGGAAGCUGUGGGUUACACACCCUACAUAAUGCAUUUAAAUCAGGCUUCUCAGCGUGGAAUCUGGACAAGCUUCUCAGGGCCUUCCAUACAAUAUUCAACAAUGUGCCCGCAAGAAGGGAAGACUACAUCAAAACCACAAAGUCUACGCGGUUUCCAUUGGCGUUCUGUGGACAUCGAUGGCUUGAGAACCUGCCGGUGGUCGAACGAGCUCUGGAAAUCUGGCCAUAUAUGCUGUUGUACACAAAUGCUGUGAGGACCAAGGAGCUUCCACAUCCCGGCACUGCAAGCUUUGAUGUCAUUGAAGAUGCCCAGAAAGAUCCCCUGGCUCUACCUAAGCUGCAGUUUUUCAGGAGUGUCGCCCAGCUAUUUGACCCAUUUUUAAAGAAGUACCAGACUGAGGAACCGGUGAUGCCUUACCUGGGAAAAGAUCUGGCAGAGUUGAUCAAGAGUCUGAUGCGUCGUUUCGUAAAACGAGAGGUCCUGCAGGACAUCACUACAGUCCAACUUACCAACCUGGACCUGGAAAAGGAGACCCUGAUGGCCAUGCACUCCGUGGAUAUCGGCCUGGGUGCUGAGGAGGCCCUCAAGGGGACACCAUUCUCCAGCAGUUUGAUGCUUUGUUGUCCGGGGAAUGCAGGCAUGAAGACUUCCUCUUGUUCAAGCCAAUGCAAGAAAGGCUCGAUAUCUUCCUGCACAGCAUCAUCUGCAAGUCAUACCCAGAGCUUUGGGACUUUUGCAAAAAACUACUUGUACUGUCUCAUGGGCAGGCGUCUGUGGAGAGAGGGUUCUCUGUCAAUAAAGAGAUCGAGACAGAGAACAUGCAGGAGGAAACACUGGUCGCACAAAGGCUCGUUUGCGAUUACAUUGCCAUACAUGGGGGCGUUACAAAGGUGCCACUUACUCAGGAGUUACUUAAAUCUGUAAUGGCUGCCAGGGCAAGGUAUCGUGCACAUUUGGAAGAGGAGAGGAAGAGGAAGGAGGCCGAGGCAAAAGGGAAGG